AUGACAUUACAGGAGAAAGAGGAUGGCCUGCUGCUGCCAAAUGUGGACUCGAACGUACUUCGGUUAGUGCUGGAGUGGUGCACCGAACACAAGGAUGAUCCAGAACCAGAUACAAUGGAGGAGGAUCGACACCUGGUUAGACCGACGGACGAUAUCGGCGAAUGGGAUAAGCAAUUUCUCGACGCGGUCGACGGGCGUUUGGUCGAACUGCUGGUGGCCGCCGACUAUCUGCAUAUCGGGAGUCUUUUGGACCUUUGUGUCAAAACGGUAGCGAACAUGCUCAAAGGCAAAACAGCGGAGCAGAUUCGUAGCGAAUUUCAGAUCGAAAAUGGUUUUCCACCAGAAGUGGAGGCACAACUUCGCUUGGAGAAUGAGCUUCUUGAAGAAAAGUGA